AUGGGAGAGCUCUUCCGUUCGGAGCCUAUGCAGCUCGUCCAGCUGUUCAUGUCGCUCGAGGCAGCGCGUGACACCGUGGACGAGCUCGGUGAGAUCGGUCUCAUCCAAUUCAAGGAUCUCAAUCCUGAGGUAAAUGCCAUCCAGCGUAACUUCGUGGCCGAGGUCAAGCGCUGCGACGAGAUGGAGCGCAAGCUCCGCUUCUUCGAGGACCAGAUUGAGAAGCAGAACUUCGCCGAGGAGGAGCUUGAACACCUCCAGCUCGGGCUCAGCAUCGGCUCGUCGAAGAAGACUCUCGUCCCCGAGAUGGACGAGCUUGAGGCCCGCUUCGAGGACCUCGAGAAGGAGCUUACUCAGAUGAACAGCAACCAGGAGAAGCUGAAGCGCAACUACAACGAGCUCAUUGAGCUCAAGCACGUGCUCGAGAAGGACAGCGUGUUCUUCGAGUCGUCCGGCGGUGCCGAGAGGGACCGCUACGACGAGGAGGCCGACGUCGGCAGCAGCGAGGUGGCCGGCCUUACCUCGUUCGGCGUCAAGCUGGGCUUCGUCACCGGUGUCGUCGAGCGUUCCAAGAUGGUCACCUUCGAGAGGGUGCUCUGGCGCGCCACCCGCGGUAACUUGUUCAUGAGGACUGCCCCCAUCGAGGAGCGCAUUGAGGAUCCCAAGACCAACGAGUUGGUGGACAAGCUUGUCUUCAUCAUCUUCUUCCAGGGUGACCGUGCCGAGUCCAAGGUCAAGAAGAUCUGCGAGUCCUUCGGCGCCAACCUCUACCCGUGCCCCGACAGCGCGCAGGAGAGGCGUGAGAUGUUCAACCAGGUGGAGACCCGCCUCGACGACCUCGACGUCGUGCUCGAGAGGUCGCUCGACCACAGGAAGAAGGUCCUCCUCGACAUCGCCACCCACAUCGAGGACUGGAAGACCCAGGUCGUCAAGGAGAAGUCCAUCUACCACAACAUGAACCUCUUCAACUACGAUGUCGGCCGCAAGUGCCUCAUCGCCGAGGGCUGGUGCCCGCUCACCGCCACCGAGGACAUCCAGGACGCCCUCAAGCGCGCCAACGAGCGCUCCGGCACCCUCGUCCCCUCCAUCGUCAACGUCGUCAAGACCAGGGAGCAGCCGCCCACCCACUUCAAGACGAAUAAGUUCACCAAGUCCUUCCAGGGCAUCGUCGAUGCCUACGGUAUGGCGCGCUACAGGGAGGUCAACCCUGGUGUGUUCACCAUCGUGACCUUCCCCUUCCUGUUCGGUAUGAUGUUCGGUGAUGUCGGCCACGGUAUCAUGCUCUUCAUCUUCGCCGUGUACCUGUGCAUCAAGGAGGACACCUUCUCCAAGAUGAAGCUCAACGAGAUGGUCAAGACUUGCUUCGACGGUCGCUACCUGCUGCUCCUCAUGGCCCUCGGUGCCAUCUACUGCGGUGCUCUCUACAACGAAGUCUUCUCCGUCCCGCUCGACAUCUUCGGCUCGCGCUGGCAGUACUUCGAGGGCGAGCAGUUCGCCGAGUGGACCAACCCCGGUAUCGCCUACCCGUUCGGUGUCGAUCCCGCGUGGAAGGGUGCCAAGAACGAGCUGCUCUACUACAACUCGAUCAAGAUGAAGCUGUCCAUCAUCUUCGGUGUCACCCACAUGGUCUUCGGUAUCCUCCUCUCCGCGCUCAACGGCAUCUACUUCAAGAAGCCCUACAACAUCUGGUUCGAGUUCGUGCCCCAGCUUUGCUUCAUGAUGUCCAUCUUCGGCUACAUGGUGUUCCUCAUCUUCUUCAAGUGGAGCUACGAGUUCUCGGCGCCCCAGGACGCCCCCAACUUGCUCAACCUCAUGAUCAGCAUGUUCCUCAAGCCCUUCAAGCUCCAGCCCAUCGACGAUCUCUUCCCCGGCCAGCUCUACCUCCAGUGGGUCCUGAUCGCCGUCUGCGCCAUCUCCGUCCCCAUGAUGCUCCUCCCCAAGCCCCUGCUCCUCAGGCGCGACCACAAGCGCGGCUACAAGCGCCUUGCCGAGUCUCACGAGGAGGACGGUGAUGAGGAGGAAGAGGAGUUCGACUUCAACGAGAUUUUCAUCCACCAGAUCAUCCACACCAUCGAGUUCGUGCUCGGAGCCAUCUCCAACACCGCCUCGUACCUGCGUCUGUGGGCCUUGUCGCUCGCCCACUCCGAGCUCGCCACCGUGUUCUGGGAGCGCGUGCUCGUCCUCACCCUCGAGAAGAACAACUUCUUCCUCAUCUUCGUCGGCUUCGCCAUCUGGGCCGGCGCCACCUUCGGUGUGCUCUUGGUUAUGGAGUCGCUCUCUGCCUUCCUCCACGCCCUCCGUCUCCACUGGGUCGAGUUCCAGAACAAGUUCUACAUGGGUGAUGGCUACAAGUUCCAGCCGUUCUCCUACCAGCAGAUCCUCUCCGGCGAGGAGGAGGGAGGCCUCUAA